AUGGGUGACCAAGCGACUGAGAAAAAAGAUUUCGAUUUUACUGGUAUAUUUCCCAAUUGUAGAAAUGAUUAUAAUAAUUCAUGGAAUAGACGAUGGCAAACUAAUUAUUUUUAUACUGAAUAUUCGAAGGUGUGCUUAGAUUAUAGGAAUAACAUAAAGGCUUAUAAUAUUGGUGGUCAAGGUUUUCAAGAAGAUUGUAUAGCACUAGGUUUAUAUUUAAAUAAUAUAAAAGAAAAAAAUGAAUCAGAGGAAAGCUUUUACUUAGAAGCAUCUUGUAAAUAUUUCUUUUACAAGUUAAAAGAGCUAGUGGACAAACAUAAGGGUAAUUGUAAUACAACACAAGAAUGCUACGAGUUGCUUAUUAAAAAUAAUGAAGCUCAAGGUGUAUCGAGAAUACCAAUGCCUCAAGUUUGCCAACAAUAUGUAAAUAAUAAUGAUGUAGGUGAUUAUAUAUUUAAAAUGCUUAAAAAUCUUGAUAUACUAUAUGACAGAUAUAAUUUAUUUGUUAGCACCAAGCCACCAAACAAGUCAAAAUUUGAUUCUUUUAGAACACAUUUUCAAUACUUAGACAACCAUGAAUGCAAUAAUAGCACGACAUUUAGAACAUUACUUGAAAAUUUGAAUAAUUCAUUUAUAGAAUAUAUUAAGGGCUUAAAUCCUCAUGCUUGGAAUGUAUCUGGAUUCAUGCAUAAUAUUACUCCUCAAAUGAGAAUAACGGGACUAUUAAAUAAAAAAGAUAGUACAACAAAUAUUGAUGAGGUUGCAAAAACACUUAAAAUAAUAGGUUCAGAUUUUGUCUCGGAUGCUGGUGCACAAAUAAGUAUAGGAUUAACGUUUUCAUUUUUUGCAAUAUUU